AUGCUUUCUAUACUCUCCGGUACCCGAACACCUCAAUCCUCCCGUGCGUCACCUGGUGCAAGUCCGACCGAAUCUACAAUGCGCCUUGAGAAGCCACAAGAAAACCAUGGCCCGGUGUACCAACAAUCGGGCAAUCGUCGUCGAAGAAUCGUUGUCGCCAUGACAGGGGCUACGGGCGCUAUCCUUGGAAUCAAGGCGCUUAUCGCCCUCCGCCGACUGAACAUUGAGACACAUCUGGUCAUGAGCAAAUGGGCCGAAGCAACCAUCAAAUAUGAAACCGAUUACCACCCAGCGAAUGUGAAAGCCCUUGCCGACCAUGUCCACUCAAUCAAUGAUAUGGCUGCGCCCAUUGCCAGUGGUUCUUUUAAGGCCGAUGGCAUGAUUGUCGUGCCGUGCAGUAUGAAGACGCUCGCAGGAAUUCACAGUGGUUUCUGUGAUGAUUUGAUCUCGCGGACAGCCGAUGUGAUGCUUAAAGAACGACGACGACUGGUGCUGGUAGCCCGGGAGACACCAUUGAGUGAUAUUCAUUUGCGCAAUAUGUUGGAAAUUACACGCAGUGGUGCAAUUAUCUUCCCUCCUGUACCGGCUUACUAUAUUCGAGCUGCGACAGUUGAUGACUUGGUUGAUCAAAGCGUGGGACGCAUGCUGGAUCUGUUUGAUUUGGAUACAGGAGACUUUGAAAGAUGGGAGGGAUGGCAGACUGAGAAAUGA